AUGCUAUACCACAUGCCCCAAGCCCUUCUCGAUAUCGCUGAGGGCGUGACCAUUGUGCCUAUGCCCAGCGCCAUGGCCUGCGGAACAUGCUGGUCCCCGCAACAAAUCUGGAGUCUCAAGACGCUACAAAUACAUAUGUUGCCCCAGUACUGCGCCUUCUUUCACCUUCAAUUCGGUGCAUCCGCUUCAACGAACCAACCAUCUACUAGUAUUUUCGGUCAACCGUCGACUUCUACCCAACAGACUAACAUGUUUGGGGGCUCUGUUUUUGGAGGUGUCACCACACCUAUUCAAGGGACAUCAGUGAAAUUUAAUGCCCCUCUGGAGCUUCGUGUAGAUGACUAUCUUCAAAAUCGGAAAAGUGGUUCCGCUACUGGGACCAAAAGUAUCUUCGGUCCCGCGGCCACCACACCGUUCGGUUUUGGUGCUUCACAGACUACAAAUUCGUCUCUAUUCGGUUCUGCUUCAACAUCACAACCUCCCCAGUCCUCCAUAUUUGGUGCUACCAGCAACACCGGCUCAUCAAUUUUUGGGUCAGCGCAGCCCAUGACUUCCUUUGGGCAGGCAACUCAAAAUAGCAUCUUCGGUGGUAAACCUUUGUUUGGUGCUUCGACUUCUGCAAAUACUCCGCUGAACUUAUCUGGAACGCAACAACCGCAAAUGGGAUUUGGACUUUUGGGACUCCAACCACCACGACUGCAUCAUUUAGCUUAUUCGGAUCUCAGCCUGCUUCUACUCAAUCUGGAGGCUUCACUUUUGGAAAACCUGCUGGUGCGAGUAUUUUUGGUGCGGCAACGACGACCACCUCAAGUUUGUUUGGAUCCUCCACGCCCUUCGGCAUCUCAGGCUGGCAAUAUCUUUGGCGGUAUAAAACCGACAGGAACUUCGAUUUUCGGUUCGGCAGCCACGGCUACCACUGCUUCUGCCUUUGGCAGUGGAUUUAGUUCUGGAUUUGGAGCUAAAACGACAUCUGCCGGUCUCUUCGGUGCUGCUCCCGCAGUCAGUAAUACGGGCUUCGGCCUUGGUACGACAACCUCCUCAACAAUGCAGUCUGGGCUGGGCACUGGUCUCUUCGGCGCGAAAAAGCCCUCACCUUUUGGUGCACCCACCAAUGUCACUACUCCAGCCUUUGGUUUUGGCGCUUCAGGUAGCACAACUACCCAGGGUACAAAUCUUUUUGGAAACACAGCUGGGUUCGGUCUUGGCGCCACCUCUCAGCCUGCCCAGCCAACAGGAGGCAUCUUCGGUGCCGCAAACACCGCACCUACGGGCAGUCUUUUUAACAAGCCAGCGGUUAACAGCUUUGGCCUUGGUCAAACGAAUACCUCAACUCCUUCUCUCUUUGGUACAGUCCCAAGCGCCUCCACAGGAACAGCAGUCGGGAACCUCUUUGGUGGAGGCUUGGGCAUCACUCCACCGCUUGGUUUCGGAAGUGCGAUGGGAAGUACCGCGACGUCCUUUGGUGUUGUAGCCUCCACAAAUCAAACUGUCUUGGCACCGCUUGUGGAGCAACUGACGCAAAAUGCAAGGGCACAACAGCAUGUCCUCGAUAUGGUGCGAAGCAUGCCUUACGGGCAGUCUGCAUUGUUUAGGCACCUCACUGCAGAGCCCGUCUCUGCGGCGACAUCAACACCUACUUCGGUUCCAGCACAUCCUAUAAGUUCAGCCGCUAAAGCCUCUGGUGUAUCUGUGCUCUCAGCUUCAGCGGCGGCCAAUACUCUGGUAGAACUUCAUAGAGCGAACUCGCUUUCAGUUGGCAGAAGUCCUGGACGUGUCGGUAACGGGUUGGUUGCUCAAAGGCCCAUGCAACCUAUGCCAAUCAAUCGGAGACAGCUUUUCACAGGUUUCCGAGAGGACGAUGCGCUUGUAUCGGCCCAGUCACCGAUCCCGGGUGAUCGCAAGAGUAGUGCGCUUGAUGGUUUGCAAAAUCGGUCUUCCUGUGCCCCCGAUAACAACUUCUUUGUCCGUCGUGAAGACUGGAAACGCCUUGACAUUCCGCGCUGUGUAAGAACUUCCAUAAUCGAGCGCUCAUCGAUGGCCGCCUCUGAUUUCGAGCAACAGAUCAAUGAAACUGAUGAUGCUAAAUCUCGCGGUGACUAUCUUCAAGGAGCACUGCAGUUGAGUAAAGGAUCAGGUGACGCUAAUGCUUCUUCCACGUCAACUUCUAAGGUCCACUCUCUAGAUUCACCAACAUCUACACCUUUGUCCUCAUGUGACUCAACUAGUAAUAGAGUGAAGGAGGGCGAGCAGAAGCAAUUGUCGUUUACAGCUUCAUCAAGCCCACAGCUCUCUGGUGGUGCCAGUGGGGGUUGUGAACAGCUCGAUGCGGGAAAUUGGACACUACCUCCUGACGUGACGCUCAACCAAACCACUUUGAUUGCCCCUAGUGAAGUGACAUACGCAGAGGAAGGUGACUCCCACCCUACGUCCACUGCAAAUAAGGCAGGUAUACGACUCUCAAAGCCGGGAUACUAUAUGUUUCCUACUCUUGACGAGUUGGAUGCUUUAAUUGAUAAAAAUGGACGCUGUGUGGUCCAGGACUUCGUCAUUGGUAGACAGUCUUACGGUCAUAUACUCUUUCCUGGCCUAACGGAUAUUACAGGCAUAGACUUUGAUGAAGUGGUUCACAUUCGACGUCGUGAAGUUGUCGUUUACCCGGACGACACUACUAAGCCUCCUCAGGGCUAUGGUCUAAACCGGAAGGCCGAAAUAACUCUGGAUGGAGUCUGGCCGACUGACAAAUCCACUCGAGAGUUCAUCAAGUCACCUGAACGCCUUGCUACAAUUCGAUUUGGCGAACGCCUUGAGAAGGCUACCCACAAAAUGGAUGCUUCGUUUAUCGAGUAUCGUCCAGACACGGGUUCAUGGGUGUUUGAAGUGAAGCACUUUUCCAAGUAUCGUCUAGAAGACUCAGAUGACGAAGGGGAACACGAUGUUCAUCACCCAUCAAAUGUUACUAAUGAGAGGCACGCCACAGUUAAAGUUGAUGACACACGACUGUUGGGUCCUGAUAAUGACCCUCUCUACUCUUCUCAUCCAUUUGCCUCCACCAAGGAUCGAGAAAAUGAGCGUCUCCCGGCCGAUGACACGUCGGUUUUGAAAGUGCAGGUUUCUUCUUCGCAAACACCGCGAGCCUUCAGAGGAGUUAGAGGCUCCCUCUUCGUUGCUCCCAAUCGGUUUGGCGAGGAUGAGCUUGAUAUUCAAAUGGAGGAUGAAGGCUCCGACUUUCUACUUCGACGCUCUCGUAUUGAUCGGGCGGACGAAACACUCCCAUUUGGUCGUUUCGAGGAGACAGUCGAUGAAGCUCAACAUUUACCAAAAUUAGAAACACUUCAGUCGAUUCCCAUUCCGAUCCUUGAUUCCUUGCCAACUUUCAAGUCGGAGAUGUCACCCUGCUCGAUUCCUUAUGAGCGCAUUGCGAAACUGGUUGAUGGAGCUCUUCCGCCACUGACGGGUUUACAACGGUGUUAUUUGGAUGCCGGUCUCUGCAGAGGCGAUACUGCUCGACUCUCCUGGAGUCUGUUAAGGAAGAAAGGGAAACCACCACAGCUCGUCCUCUUCACCGCUAAUCCCAGGACCGACCCUGCAGCCUCAGUGGUCGCCUCCUCCAUCUCCUCUAUCAUCGAUCCUCAUGAGGAAGUGCUCCUCAACUCCGCCCUGCGAACAUCAGUGCAGACGUCUUUUGAGGCGGGUUCUACAAGUUGUCCCCAGUUCUACCCAGAGGCGGGGCCGAGCGUGCUCGACGCCUACCUGGCGUGCAUGGAUGGAGCAACGGUGGAUAGUGGGCUAUCGGUGCGCAUGCGGGCCCUGCACCGCUCUCUCCUUCUCUGUCAGGCCCUCUGGGCCCGCCACGGUACCUCCGUCCACACCGGUGGCGGUGGUGAUGCCAACGACGCGCUGGGACUGGACGACCGCUUUGUGACACGACGUCGGAACCCCAGUCUGGCAGAAGAGGAGAGUUGCCUCUUUCCUGUCUCCAGCGCUACUGCUACUGCUAUGAAUGAUCUCGCUAGACGUCAGGCCGUCUCCGAGUGGAUCAGAUCCGAGCUACGCUCAUGGCUUGAUUCUCGACUAAAGGAACUAGGUCUGGCUAACUUAUUAAAAGUCGAGGGUUCAUUGCAGAGUCCGUGGAAAUUAGACGAGAAUGUCUCCAAGACGUCUAUAUUUGCAGGGAUUUUCGCCUGCCUCUGUUGUGGGGAGCCGGCAGUGGCGUGUCGACUUGCGCUCACUUGUCGAAUGUCUCACCUCGCAAGCUGCCUCUCCAUGGCCCCCAUCAGCGACCCCCUCUGCAAACGAGCCCUGCAGAAGCAGUUGCGCGUGUGGGAUGAACUCAAGGUGCUGUCAUUCAUGCCCCUCCAAAUUCUCCGCACCUAUGCCCUUCUGGCUGGCGAAAUCAAAAUACCCAUCUCUAGUAUAAAGGGCAGGACAGUUCUAAAUGUGCUGGCCGGUGUGCCCUAUAUGCAGGCCCUCGGUGUCCACUUGUGGUACCUCACUGAUCAUUUGACCGAUCUUGCAACGGCCCUCAAGCUUUUCUCUCACAACUGGCACGUCUGCGACACCGAGAUAGCUCCUCCUCGUCCCCUCGAUGAUAAAGAUCUGAUGACUGGUUGCACGAACCAUGAUGACAUCGAAUAUAUCCCCACUCCAGCCAAGCUGUCACGCUCAAGCUCUCGUGAUGUUUGCUACCACCUUCUGCGUCUGGCAUCACGUCCGUGGCACAGCCUCGAGCGCACCCUCGAUCCGCAGAGCAUACAGUGUGACCGACAGCAGCAAGGUAGUGGCGAAGCGACAGCGAGCGGCGGCAACUGGCCAUCUUCUUGGCACCUCUGGCGUGUACUCCUUUCCAUCGGACUCUCUUCACUCAACCCUAUCGCCACCUCUCGAAUGCAUGUGGAGAUGGCCAGCCACUUGGAGACCGGCGGACUCUGGGAGUGGGCCGUCUUUGUGCUGAUGCACGAGGUCGAACCAAGAGUUCGCGCUGCUUCCGUGAAACGACUUCUCGCGCGCCAUGUUACCCUUAAAUGCCCACUGCAAACUGCUGAGCGUCAGUGGCGUCUUGACGAGGAAUCUGUUAGUCGGUUCAACCAGGCCGAGGCCUUCAUUGUAGAUCGAUUUGGAGUGCCAGCCAAAUGGCUCCACGAAGCUAAGGCGUCCUUGGCCCGGUCUCUGUUAGCCUCGCAAUCCGCUUCAACCAAUGUGAAAACUCAUAGGCUACUAGCUAGCUUGGAGGCUGCGCAUUGGUUGGCGGCGGGCCACUUGGAGGCUGCGCAUGAUGUAUACGUGAAAUAUCUUCUUCCAGAUAUAGUGCUUCACUCCAAUGCUGUCCCAGUUCGUUCAACCCAGGCUGAUGUCCAAAUUGCUUCGAAGGGCUCAGCUUUGCUAGCCUCCAAACUGUUGACAUCCUUGCAGCCCUUCAUUGCCAUCCCCCAGGAAAGUCUACCUACUUCAUUUGAUUCGGGUGCCGGUGUGUAUCUGGCGUAUGCACGUGUUCUUCAUCUAGUAUGUCAGCUUGCUUCCUCUAACAGAGUUGAAGGUGAGGGAUUUGAGGAGGACGCCAUUGUAGAAGUCAGGCCUGACACUCCUGCUUGCGCAAUAUCUGGGACUUUAGUGGAUCUGCAGGCAAACAUACAUCAACUUGUUGGUUUGCUACAAUCAAUGGCUACACCUUCUAUCCGAGACCGUGUUGUCAAAAGUGAGAUGGCGGUGACAAUUGUUCGACUAAUCUCUGCUUUCUUUCAUGACCACUCUCCACCACAAACUUCCAAUCCCAGUCCCGAUGAGGCUGUUAGUGGGUCGACCAUGGGCACUAGCACGUCAGCUGCUUUCCCCGCAGACGAGGAGAGCCUAUUAUUCUGUCAGCGGCUGAAUCUGAUUGCGAAUAUCGACUCGCCCUCAGAAACGAGACUGAGUGAACUGGGAACUCUUACCGCCUCAGGCAUAGCGAAAUGCAUUCUCUAG